AUGAAGAGGACUAGAAGUGUCACACGUUCUGGGUGGGAAUCAGGAGUUCGGGUUGAGACUCGGGUUCGGUUUGAGAAGUCUGAGAGGCACCAGCGCCCGCCCUGGCUCUCGCGCCCCAAUCAACAGAGGCCAACAAAUCGGGCCCCGCAGGAUCUUGAAAGAGCGCAGAUCCCAAAUUCGGUCACCAGACUUAAGACGUACGUGACCAGGUCUAGUUCGUCUCUAAUUCUAAAUAUGGCUUCUCCCAUCUCUGUUGCCCUCUUCCCCUGUUCCUGGGCCUGCGUCGGCAGCCUGCCGAAACUCGGGGGGCCCCGUGGCGCGCACUCCCGCGCACCAAGGUUAACAGCACACGCAGCAACCUGUUUGCGAGAUAGAGACGAUCGAUGCAAACUGAAGACUGGGUCUGGCAGCCUAUCUGGUUCUCUUGCUGCCUUGUCUUUCCAACGAACUGAACGACAGGUUUUGCGGGCCGAAUUGUUUCUCAGGCCAUCAAGCUCACCUCCCAUCGUUUGGAUUCUCUACCUCACAACAGCCCCCAAAGAGCACAGGAGCCUGCUGACCACGACGGGACCUCACCUUCCACACUACUCACCAGACCUGGAGGGAACCUGGGUCAUGGGGGACAAGGAUGGCUUCACAGCCCAGGAGGACAGGGGUCCGUGUCCCAAAAGAACCAGCGGAACCGUGAGGACCACGCUGUGGCCAGAAGACCGCGCUCUCUUCCCACACACUACGGUCCCCUGGCAGAGCACUUUUUCCUGGGGGUCGCUGACCCAGACCUGGACACCAGAGAAAUCCGUUCAGGGCGCCCUGGUCCUUGAACCUGUGACUGCUUCCAGCUGCCCUCGGCCCCCCGCCCCCACCCUCUGCCUUGGACAGCCGGGCCUCCCCGCCGCCCCCCGAGGCCUCCGGCGCGUGUGUGGUGGUGCCCCGGCCACGCCGCGGGUUCGGUGCGGCUUACCCGGCAGCGCGGGCUCCUUCUUGCUCAUCGUCGCCGGAGGCCAGCUCUGUGCUCUCAGGCGAGUGGAGGGUGGGGGUUCCGGGGCAGCCUCGGUGAGCCGCGGGGACGCGGACAGCCCGGCGUGGGGCGCUCCCUGGAUGAGCGCUCCAGGGUGGGUGGCCUUCCCCCAGUUUGCACGGAGGGCCCAGUGCCGAGUCACCGCCGAGCUCCCGGGAACGUACGCCAGCCGUCGGGGGCAGGCGGCCCCGCGGCGCGGAGGCGCGGGCCGAGGGGAGGGGCGGCGGGCCGCACACCUGGGCCGCCCUCGGGCCGGCGGGGGCGGGCGCGGCCCUGCAGCUGCCCCACGCGCCCGGGUGGGCCUCGCCCUGGCGGCGGGGGGGAAUGAUAAAGCAUCUGGGGAUUGUGAGGAAGGUGAACUGGAGAGGUUCUGGGGACCCCAGGAAGGACUCCGCAUGACGACUAAGCGCUCUUUGCUGGACGAUUCGGGCAAAUCACUCAAUUUUGUAAUCUGUCAAUGGGUGAUGGUCCCCACAGGCCAGGAAGGUGGAGACAAGCCCCUGGCUGCUGGGCCAAAAAAGCAACUGCGGCAGAGUUCAGCCCCCUGCGCUCAGGAUGCCCCAAGUGAGGAACUGCCCUCCUCCUGCAUCGUCCCCGGGGAGAAGCCACCAUCAGACCCCCCUGGAGAACCAUCUGGGACAGAUACCAGGAGAGGGGGCCAGCCAUCUGGUUCCGGGACUCUCCACAAAGACACGCCUCUGGCCCCACCGGGCCCCCAGCCUCCUGGGGAAGGCUGUUCCUUCCCAGUGAAAGAGGCAAAGCCAGGGAAGAGGUCCUACUCUCCAGCCUCCAGUAAGCAGAAAACACCCAGUGCCGCGGGUCUGGCCUCCACACCAUCUCCUGGUGUCACCCACUCAGCCCGUGCCGCACACAACCCAGUGCCUUGUGGGUCAGGCCGGGGGCCCUGCCAUCUGGCUAACCUCCUCAGCACAUUGGCUCAGAACAGCCAAAACACAGAUCAGAAGAGGUCCCUGGAAGUGACCUGCCAAGUUCGGAAAAAGACCCGGACCCUAUACCGCUCAGACCAGCUGGAGGAGCUAGAAAGGAUCUUCCAAGAAGACCACUACCCAGACAGUGAUAAGCGCCGGGAGAUUGCCCAGACUGUGGGGGUUACCCCCCAACGCAUCAUGGUAAAGGGGGCUGGCCGACUGGCAUCAGGGUGGUGGAGAAACCACCAACUGUCUGAGUCUCUGCUGUGCUCCUCGAACACUUCUAGGGUCUCUCCCCUAUAGGUGUGGUUCCAGAAUCGCAGGGCAAAGUGGCGGAAAGUGGAGAAGCUGAAUGGCAAGGAGGACAAGGACAGCCCUGCAGACCCUGCCCCUACCGGGGCCAGCGGUCAGUGCAGCUCUGCAACUGAGCUGCCAGCCGCUGUGCCCAUGGACCCAGAGCCUGGUACCUUCCCUCAGGAACCCCCUCUGGAUUCUCUUGCAGAGCCUCCCAUGCUGCUGGCCUCUGAGCAUACUCUGGCCCCAACCCAACAGAGUGAGAGUACUCAGAGGGUAGCAGUGACCCCACCGCUCUUCAGCCCUCCGCCAGUUCGAAGAGUCAACCUUCCUUUUCCCCUUGGCCCUGUCCCCACCCCCCAAAUGAUGCCUCUGCUGCUGGAUACCCCAGGCAGUGACAGCGGCCACAAAGAUGGCUCCUGGGGGACAAGUGUCACCCCACCAUCUACCUGCUCAUACUUGGAGGAGCUGGAGCCCCAGGAUUACCAACAGAGCGCCCAGCCGGGACCGUUCCUGUUCUCCCAGGCUCCACAGAGCCAGCUCUGCCAACAGCCUCAGCCCCAGUUCUCCUACCUGCACCCCUUCCCCUUCCCCAUGCCCCACCCCCUGCAGCCUCUGCUGCCGGAUGACCCCCUCUUCACCUCGCCCUAUGGCCCCAGUGUGGGGACAUCACAGGGCUACUUCCCAGGGCCGCCGCCUCCGUCAGGGCAGACGGUGCUUCAGCCACCUGCUGGGAAUGCAGGUACAGUCCCCUGGAAUGACCCUUGCUUUCCAGAACUGCCUUUCCCUGGUCCCUUCUGUCCGCAGGCCCUGGGGCAGCCCCCCGGAGGGGACGGCUACUUCCCUGAUCUGCUCCCAGCCCCCUAUGCUCCGGCCCUGAGCAGGCAGCCUUCCCCAGGUGUCACCCGGCUGCCCGAAGGGGCCAGGCCCGAAACGGGACCCUUCCUCGGCAGGGCCCCCGAGGAGCAGCCUGCCCCCUGUGUGGAGGGGCCCCCCGCAGCUGAGGAGCUCCGAGCGGAAGAGAAGGACAGCUGUGGCCCCUAAGUGCAGGGCCAAGCAGUGUGGAGGAGCGGGAGAGGCUUGGUGCCCCCUCCAGGAGACAGCGAUGUCAGGACAGACGGCAGAGUCUCCUGACCCGGGGGAAAUCGGACGUUUCCCCUCUGUGGGCUCACCUUGCUGGACCUGAUUGGAGAAGGAUGAGGGCCGGCCCGCCCUCUUGUCCACACCUCUGUGUGACCACCCUGAGAAAGGGAUGGUCCCUAUGAUUUCUGAAUGCUGUGUACGUUUAUGUUGUUUCCUUUCCUUGCCAGACAAACGCAUGUCCGUUGUAAGUGGUAGACUAGCGCGUUCUUGGGCCUCUCUGCGCGGCUCUGUGUCUCCCCACUAAGAGCUGCAUUUCUUUCACCACCAUCCACUCAGCUGGCCGGUUGUGGGAUGCAGUCCCAAGUGCCCCAAGUGAGGUCCCCAUUGGGCAUGACCCCAUGGAACCUGGCAUCUUUCCUGGGCCCAUCUCCUACUGGAGGGGAAAUCAGGCAUCUUGGGCCUGUUUUUUCACUCCUGACAUUAACUCUCAUUCCCAAACUCAGGACUGAACCUGAACAAAUUUGAACACAAGCGUCUCUGGAAUUUGGGCAUUGUAGGGAUAGGAUUACAAGAGACACCCGAGGAUAUUUCAGGUCGAGUCUCCGUGUUGUGAACCAGAACUUCUCUUUCCACAGCUCUUCUUUUGGGAGAGGGAGUAGGAAUGAGAG